GUUCGUUCGGACGGAACUCGUCGAGGACGCGAUGACUGACGACGAUGGUGUUCCCUGAUUGCGCUUACGAUGUGUGUAGUGGUCGUCAUUGUGCCGGUUGGCGAUGCCCGGUGUCCAGUGCAGUGGCUGGCGCCGCCGGACGUUCGACGGAAGAUUUCCCCUUUCUCUCCUCAUCGUAUAACCGACGAGCCUCGAGACCCCGUCGAGCGUCGACACCCCCGACUAGCAAAGUAUUCGAUCCUGCAAAACGUCACGGAGUUAGUUGCGUUGUAAAUUUUAACGAGCCACGAGUCGUUCGUCGUCGGGAAGUAGCCGACUCGAAAUUUCCAAACGAUUUCCGUCGUCGUUUAUUCGCAUUCUUUUUCCUCUUGCGUCUCCGGCCGCUCUUGCGGUGAACGCAUAUAAGGUACUCGGUGAAAAUUACCGGGUAGAAGUUUACGAUGUAAGUUGAACCGAAAUACAAGUUGGCGUGUCGAGUCUUUCGCUAUACGCGCAGGGAAGUCGUGCAACGAUUGCGCCGUUGAAGAAGGCGCGGUACUCCCAUGGUGGGAGAUAUCAAGGGGUGCAGAGGGGAGAAAAACCCGUCAGGGAGGGAGAUGGCUAUAUAAACCUGGAGGUGAGGGGCGGAGGUUAGUCGUCUUCGAAGUGCAAGCGUGUUCACGUCGUCCGUGACUCGACGAUGCGCAAUUAAUAAAUUUCACACGUUCACGAUAUAAUUGAAAAACAAUCGCACGACACGGUACACGAGAUAAGGGAAAUUUGGAGCACCCCGCGAUCGAGGGGGGAAGAAUUUGGAAAAAACUGAGAUAAACAGACCGGAAGUAGUAAUUACAGUAAUAAUAACAAUAAUAACAAUAAUAAUAAUAAUAGCAAGAGCGACACAUAAUUAACCGCAGUGAUUGGAACACCGUAUUCAUUCAAGUGUGAGAACGUAGACGAGCCAAGAAAAUAAGAGACCGAAUAAAUUGUCGACCGAAGACAGAAAAAAGUGAAGUGCUCUGCAUUCGAGUGUAUGAAUAAAUACCACAGUUGCAUCGAUUACCGAAGGAAUAUAUUGAACGAGAUUAUUUGAAAAAAAAAAAUAAAUAAAUUAAGUAAAAAGAAGAGGAGCCGGAAGGGAUUCCAAGCGUAGCUUACGAUUGUGCGCCGUUCUGCUCUGGGAAUAAUCGCGCGGCGCCUUUAUAAGAAGGAACGACAUCGGGUCUCUACCGUGAGAAAUCAAUACUCUUCGUACAACAUACGUACUGUUGGAAGUUGAGGAGAGAAGCGGUGACGCGACUUAUCGCAAUCGUUGGCUGAGGAAAAAAACGGAGAAAUUUGAAUUUGAGAACAUUAUCGUUUCUUCCAAAAUCGAGUACAACACGAGCGGCCGUCUUUACAUAACAAGUAACAAGGCUAAAUCAGGAGUAUAUACAUAUACGGAAGUGAAUGCAGACCGCGUGAUAAACUAAUUGCUCCGUUUUCACCGUAUCCGAGUAUACCGAGUUUGAAAGAGGAAAAAAACUUACCAGAUCACCGAUUAACAAUGAAGGCGAUGGUGGUGAGUCCGGUCGGUGGUAGAGUUCCGCCUACGCGGGGCGUUUUGCACAACGGUUUGGGCCUGAACGGCAACCGACGAGAUAUGGAAGCAGAAGAAGUCGCCGCUUACCUAACGAAGUUACGUUCGUUGGUCCCCGACAUGCCGCGAAAGCGGAAGUUAUCAAAGCUCGAAGUGAUCCAGAGGGUGAUCGAGUACAUAUGCGACCUCCAAACAACCCUCGAGGAGACCAACGCUCCGGAGAAAUCAUCGCAGCAAGUCCCGCAAGGAUCGGCUCAAGGAUCCCAAGUACUCCAACUGCAACAACGUCAACCUUUGCAGCCACUUUCAAACGCUACAGUUAUCGCGUCUGUAAUGACGACGGAAACCUCGCCUGGGGUAUCUGAACGGUGACGGAAAAAAGACGAUAAUCAUUCUUAAUUGAUAAACGGUGGUCAGAUUUUCAGAUAUUUAGAAGGGGGGCAAAAGGUAGAGGGAGCAUGGAGAAUGUAAAUACUGUACAUAGAUAUUAUACUCAUCGUCAUUCCUCAGUACACGUCGAGAAUAACCACGCGAAUACCUCCGAAACCCGCUGAAAAAAAAGAAAAAAAUCACAAUUAAUAACAAACCCAAAAUAUUUAA